AUGGGUUAUUGCACUUCGACUUUCGAGCCACCUGAAGUUGCGCCAAAAAGGAAUGAAUACAUGUUCCAUCAUCAACGUAUUAACAAUGUCACCUCUAAUAAUGGAGCCAAAGUAUUCGCGUGCGCUAAUUGCAAUCGAAAAUAUCAAGGCAAAAACGCGCGUUCUAUUCUCCGACGUCAUUUGAAGGAAAAACAUGGGAUUGAGGCACCAAGAGGUACACGAUGGGAUAAUGAUCCUAAUCGACCAAAAACUGACGAAGAGAGGCGUCAACGCAUGUUGCAGUCGAAAAGAAAAUGGGCGCAAAAAGCGCGCGCAAGAAAGAACGCGCUCAAAGCAACAUCCGCCGUUCCUCAAACAUCUAACCCCAGCACACCAAUACGAACAGACAAUAACGACGAAAAUAUUGAUAAAUCAACACCAAAAGAAUCGCCUACAACUACUCGCGCGGCCUCACAAUUACUUUUCUUGAAAACUUCGUCUCUACCCUCAUCCUCUGCAACAACCACUUCCGAUGAAGAGUCUCCACAAACGCCAUCUCCCACGGAUAAUUUCUUCUUUAAUGAUAAUAUCACACUUGACACUGCAAUGACUGGAGAAACGGAAAACGAUGAUGAGAAUAAUAUCGUGAUACCAGCGAGCAAUAACACUUCAACAACAUUACCAUCUAUCGAUUCGUUAACGUCAAUAUCCCCGGUGGUCGAUCCAUGUCUACUAAUACACACAACCGCUCAUACAACAAACGCUUAUGCAUUACCUCCACCACCUACAAUGAUCCCACGACCACAUACACCAAUCAUGGGAAAUCGAUUUUUGCAAACGCAGCGUUCUUCUCCAUGCCAUUACGUGGUCACGCAACAGAAAUCAAUCUUCUAUGGAAACUUUGUCGAUGGGACACGACAACAGGCAAAGCAUUCAAACACGACUUUUUCAAUUAAUACACCCUUUCUUCCCACCACGAACUUCACUUUACUUUCAUCACUAUCUCAUGAAAAUCAAUCAUCACAAUUCUCGUCUCCUUUUCCCACUUCUUCACUUUUAAAAUCGUCAAAAAACCCCGUCAAUGAUGAGGCAAACCAACACACCGAUGCCACCGCCAACAAUAACACAUCAAGGGCCCGCAAAAUAAUUCAAUCCACGAUCGAAAAUGGUUAUCAUCUCGUUGAUCUCUCACAUCUGCAACUGCGCGAGCUACCAAUAGAACUAGCGGAACUAAGAUAUCAUGUGGUGUUGGACUCGCAGACUGGUGUUUCGAACAAAUCGUUGAAAUUGUUCUUGGCCUCGAAUAAUUUGUGUUCUCUGCCGGGAUGGUUAUGGGAUAUGAAUAAUUUGAAGGUGUUGAGCUUGCGAAACAAUAAAUUACGCGAAUUACCACCAGAGAUAAGUUUGCUAAGUAAUUUAGUCGAGUUAUCAGUGGGUAACAAUCAGUUGAGCUACCUUCCAUCAGAAAUUCUCCGACUACCGAAUCUCGAUAUCCUCAACAUCGAUCCGAACCCAUUUCUCGUUCCAAGCACUUCAAUCGUAUCAUUAUCUUCAAAACCAUUCCUGUUAGAAACACAUCAUCGCCAUCAUCGACAACAAUUAGUAAUUCACCAAUCUGUACAACCGGCUUCAUUACUGGAUCUUGUGGCACGUCAAUGUGCAUCUCUCAACUUGAUCCCAGAAAACCCCAAUAAACCCGAGCUUCCUGUCCACCUUUUGAACAGAGUAUUGCACGCGAGAAAAGUGAACAAAUGCGCGGGAUGUUACAAGACUUUUCUGGAGCCGUCGAUUGAGAUUGUGAUUUGGAAAGAUUUCUUAUUGGAUAAUACUUGUGUUCCUUUAUUGGUGAGAUUAUGUUCGAUAAAAUGUUGGAAACAUAACUUGGAAUUAAUCGAUGUAUAA